AUGUUAGAUCCUAAGCAUGAAUAUGAGAAAGAAAUAAAUGUUUUUACACUGUAUCAUGAUUCCGAAAGGUCAGUUAACCAGGUAACAAAUGCUGCAGAAGUUGGUCUUUCGCUUUUGCCCACUCAAAUCGAGAGACAUUCCCAAAGGAAGGGGGGUCAUUUCAACUUGAUGGUUGCUGGAACUGUUGGAACUGGUAAGUCUUCCUUCAUAAACACUUUGUUUGCUUCUGAGCUUGUUCCUGACAAGUCUGGCUUCUCUUCUACGUAUCUUGAUAAAGGUGAAUAUCAGUUAGUGGAACAGGGGUUUCCAUUAAGCUUGAGGAUUAUUGAAACUUCAGGGAUGGGUCAGAACAUCGAUAAUAAUGGCUGUUGGAUUCCCAUUUCCAACUACAUUGAUGAGCAGUUCAGUACCUACUUGUUCAAAGACCAACAACCAGACAGAUCCAAGAAAAUUGAUACCCGGAUCCAUUGCUGCUUAUACUUUCUUCCCCCAAGUUUGAGAAGUAUUUCUCCUUUGGAUAUUGAGACAAUGAAAGCAUUGUGUUCCAGAGUCAACUUAGUACCUAUAAUUGGUAAGUCUGAUUGCUUGAGUGUUGAGGAAUUGGCCCGGUAUAAGUCAGGAUCGAAAAACUUGUUUCAAGUCCACAAUAUUAGAAUCUGUGAUUUUUUUACAGAUGAGGAAGCCACUAGUAUCAUCCAGGAAACUAUGCCUUUCAGUUCAAUCAGUUCGAAAGACAUAUUGGAAAAAGAUGGGGGAAACUGGGCUAGAGGAAGAUCAUAUCCUUGGGGUUACUUUGCUGAGAUCGAAGACAGCAGUCACUGUGAUUUCAGCUGCAUUCGAAAAAUGUUGAUGAGUGACUUCAUGCUUGAAUUUAUUGACUCCACCGAGAAGCAUUAUGAGCAAUACAGAAAUCAGUUCUUGACAACUAAUCUCGCUGUCAAAGAUGAAACCUUGUUGUCUGCUGACGGGUUUAACCAGUUGAAAGCCUACCUGAAACUCAAAUAUGCUGAUUAUGAUAAUACCCAGAGGGCAGAUUCAGUCUUCAAAUACAGGGAAUCGGUUCUAAAAAACAAAUUCAAUGUUGAAAUCGAAAAUCAAGAGAAAAGGUUCAGAAUUUGGAAAAAGGCUCUUGUUGAAAAACAGGUCGAACUCAACAAAGAUAUUGAAGACAUGCAUAGCCAGUUACUUUAUCUUCAGGAAACGAUCACAAUUCAUGAGGAGGGUGUCGAUUCAAACUCUAUUGCCAAGCAUUUCAGCUGGGAAAUCGAUACUUUUGAUUUUCUUUCUUGA